GGAUCUCAAACGCACACCCCAGAUCACGCGUGUUUGAAUUCCACUGACGAAUCCUGACCAAUGUAACCUACUUUGAACCAGAACAUAUCAUUUACUUUGUCCUCUCGCGAUGUCUUUCCAUGAAACCGCCUGCGAUAUUCACCUAGACCACGAGCGUGGAAAAAGGAGAACUUCCCUAGUCGCUAUCUGCAAUAACGAGGAAGGAUCAGGUCUAACCAGCGACAUCUUACUCGAUGACUUCCUUGGUAACGAUAACGGACAUUUCGUCUGGGGCGGAAAAAACGUUACCAAAACGAGUCGAAAUCUCUCGAUAACCAGAGAAGGGCCAUCUCGAGUGCCCAUCCUGCAUGCCGAUCUUCUAACCGAUUCAGGUGAAUAUGUAUCUGCUCACUGCCCCCUCGAUGAGCAUAUUUUCAACAUCAAUGGCGAGCUCUUGUUUAAGCCAGAUGAGGCUAGGGAAUAGUAUAUGUUUCAGGUGAAAAUAGGAGCCUUGAAUUU